AAUAAUGCUGUAUUCAGCGCCAGCACUGGGCUGAAUGCUGCUGUGCUUGUUGAGACCAGUUAGACUUUGUGUUUUUCGACCCCGUCACCCGUUGUUUUCGACGUAACCAUAACGCAAGAAUUCGAAGCUUAAACGAAGACGUCGUUAGGUUAGAAGUUCGCACAUUUGUAACUUAAAAUAAGAAACUGGAGUAGAAGAAUCCAAACAAUACGCUCAUAUUAAGCUAAAAUGUUCCAUCAACUAACCCGCUACGUUUUCGACCAAUGGUUACCACAAACGACGUCGUCAACAGCGGCCGAGGGGGUCGAAACCGACACAGCAGCAGCAACACCCACAAGACUGACUUCCGCGGAAACGGAAGACGACUGGGUGCUGGUGGAUCGGCGCCACGAUGACGACGUCGACAGCGAAGGCAACUCCAAGUCGAGCUCGCUGGAGAACCUCGACGUCGACGAUGACGACGGCCUCAUGGUGGUCGAGCGCAGCCCCGACCGGGUCGUCGUCGUCGACACGGCCAACCUGCCAGUACCCGCGCUACUCACACGUACCAAUUCAGCAUCGUCACUGCCUCGCGUCCCCAUGGAGGAGUCGUGGUUCCUUACGCCCCCGCCGUGCUUCAUCUCGACGGGGCCGGUGCACAUGGAGACGUCGCCGCUGGAGAACCUCCUCAUCGAGCACCCGAGCAUGAGCGUGUACACGCACCACGGCAGGAGGUACAACUUCGCGACGGCGGCGACGCCCGAGCCCGAGGAGGAGGUGGUGGAGGAGGACAUCGGCGACGACGGCGCCGGCGUCGUCUUGGUGCACAGGGCGCCCAGGGUCAAUAGGGUCCACUUGCUGCAGCAGCAGGAACGGCAGGGGCUCAAGAGCAGACAAGCUCAAAAGGUGCAAAUUAAGAAGGCAUGCAAAUUCGUCAAACGGGGCUCCCUCAACCGUAACAAUAAGGCUCGUGAAGUAAACAGUCGCAAUCGUCGACAAAGGCGCGGGGAACGUUCACAGGGCGCCACUCGUUCCUUCGCCAACAAUAACCGCAAGUGCUAAACUGGGCACAAAGUAAAAAUGAUCUCAAAUAAGUCGCAGCGCCCCGGUGCCACUUCGGUAUUCAUCGAAUGAUUUUCGUUUUUCCCACCAAGCUUUCGUGAUCAGUUCUGCCGACAUUUCUCAUGUUAAUUGACGAAGAAGGGUAAUAUUGAUUAAAAACCCCUUCUGUUUGUUUUUUGUUUAUUAUUUUCUUUGUUUCUUUGUUGUGCAACGGAGAACGUGGUUAGCUCGAGAGACUCAUGGGAAAAACCACCAAAGCACCGUGUUGUGUUCAUUAAAAAAUUCUGUAGAAAUGUGCGCCGGACAAUACCGAUCCGGACCGAGUGCUGCGACACCAAAAAAAUAUAUAUAAUUUAAUGUUCGUCUUUCAUAGUUUUUUUUUUUUUUAUUAAUAUAGUAAUUUUAUUUAUAAUCACGUUAACAGAAGCAGGGAAUUUCAAAUCUGGGCAUUCUUAUUUAUUUGGCCAGUUGUUUUUUUACCUGUAUGUUAAUGUGAGACAAGUGUACAUACAGAGAUAUAAUAGUCUAUUUUUAUUGUAAUUACUUUUAGUGAGAAAAACGAUAAAUUAUUUUUGUUGGUUAUGUAUUUUUCAACCACUCAAUCUGGGCUCGGUUUUCGAAAAUCAAUUAGAGUCAAUUAGGAACAAUAACACCCACUCGAUAGUUUCAAUAAUUCGUCCAAUUUUCGAAUACUUAGCUUUGAUUCCAUCACCACUUUACUGGAUUUAUAAAUAACGGGACAGCCUGAAGAACGAACCAAUUAUUAUAUUUUUUAUAAACCGACUACACUUAAAUCAAUAGGACGAUUCAUAAAUCCAGUAACGGUCUCUAUACUGUAUCUGUAUAGUUUUACUGUAUCAUUACUCAACCACCUACCGGUGGAAUAACUCAGUUAUCAAGGCAUACACAUAACAUCAAAUAAAACCACAAUGCCUUUCCAACAUUACAAACCUAGUAACUGAUAAUAACACUUAAUUUUUAGGUGAUAGCCUUUAUUGAGUCACACUAUAUAUUUUAUCGGUUAAAUGUAUUUUACCUAGAUAAAGGCUUGAAUUGUGCUUGUGAAAAUUAAAAAAAAAUGUAUCAUUAAAAAAAAAUCCGAUUGUGUGCACCUUACAAUGUUUUCAAGUAUUAUAAUGACAAAAUCAGUUCUGCGUACAGAACCGCGAUUAUUCUUAUAGAAUAUGAUUGAUUGUGACGAAUGCAUGUUAAUGUUAAGUCUGUAUGUUAGGUUCGAUUUAUGGAUUAAACUAUGUUUAUAAGUGGUAUGUAUAAAAUGUAUGCAGCACGAUUAGAUGGUAGUUACUAAAAUGUAUGCAUCUUAGCGAGUUUUAUUCGAGUUUGUAAGUGUUCAGAGUGUAAUCAAUAAUAUGCGCUAAUGUUCAUUUUUAUCAUGAAGUGCAACCUUUCAGUGCGUGAAAGACAGAAGAAAAUGUUAUAAAAAGUUGAAAACAAUAAAAAUUAAUUAUGUU